CCGCCCACCUGUUCCGGGCUUCGCCCAGUAGGGACGGGUGGAUGUUGUUACCCAGCUGAGAAUAAACGUCGCCCACAGUGGUCACUGCAGGCUUGGUGUGCGUGAGCCCCCUGUGGCACCUUGGCUGGCCUCAUCAUGAACCUGGAGCCACCCAAGGCUGAGACCCGGUCAGCCACCAGCGUGGUUGGAGGACCUAUCACCCCCCGGAAAGGGCCCCCCAAGUUUAAGCAGCGGCAAACCAGGCAGUUCAAGAGCAAGCCCCCCAAGAAAGGCAUCCAAGGGUUUGGGGAUGACAUCCCUGGAAUGGAAGGUCUGGGGACAGACAUUACGGUCAUCUGCCCAUGGGAGGCCUUCAACCACCUGGAGCUGCAUGAGCUGGCCCAGUACGGCAUCAUCUAGCCAGGCCCCGCCUGCCCCGACCCUCCCUGG